AUUUUGACCAAAAUUUUCUUAAUUUUGACCAACAUUAGAAUAAUAGCUAACCCUAGGUGUUUUUACGUGAAGAAACACCCAGUCAUCACCUACAUUUCCUCCAUCUGGCACUCCCAUUUCACCAACAGGCGGAGAUAUGGCAGAACGACACCCAUGUGACACGGUCGGACCUUCUUGAGACUGAAUCGGAGGCGUCGACAAUGGGGCAUCAGAAUUUCGAUGAUAGCGGUAGUAGCACCGUUGGGCCAGAUGCCCAAAACGAUUGCAAAUCUGACACUGAAUUCGAGGGCGAAAUGUUAUCCCACGUCCUCGAGGGGACGAACGACCGCCACGGGCUGAGCUUUCCACCACGUGCGACAGCGCGGGCUCAACUAGGUUCGCAUGGAAGGAGAUCUUCUGGAUCGCACGGUUUUGUCUACUUUCGCACUCCACAAGGGCAUUGACAAGACGUUGAAAAGAUAUGAAGCCAGUCGAUAGCGAGGCGAAGGAGACGACGGCCUAGAACUCCAACGACAGUCUGGCAAGUAUGAUCUCGAUCCUCUCUUCAUCCGAGAUUCGCGAUCCUAAGGUCUCCAACAAAGCACAGAGACUCUUAAUCUGAGCAAUGUAAGUUUUAAUGGACAUGUUACCUUUCUUUAACGAAUGGAGUUCAUGCCAAAGGCGCGACUGUUUGGCACCUGUGUCGGCCGCAAAGGGGUCCGGUUGCCGUGGUCCAGACGUCGUAUGCCAACUUAGCAUCGGUGAAGGACGGUAGAAGCGACGCACCAAUCGUGGAGAGAAGCCACAAAGUUAGAAGUCGAUCUUAUUGUUUGAACACUUGAACCGAUGGAUUUGGAGAUAAAGAUCUGUCUAUAGUUUGAACGAACCGAGCUGGUGGAGGUAAGGUGCCAUUGAGGAAUCAGAGGAGAUCAUAACCAUCUAGAACUAACUUCACUUGUUGCUGCUAUCAUCAGCAAGCUUGACGACAUCAUGACGUGGGAAUGAAUUAAUCACACGAUCACCAUUGAAUGGUGCAAGACUCGGCUCAACCGAGGCGGAAUCGGUGGAGUUUAUUGUGGCCAUAGAUCCCAAAAUCAACUGGCGACUGAUACCAUGUUAGAAACUAUGUAAGAUUAAUGAACAAAUGAUUUAGAAGCAAAAUUUACUAGAGUAGAUGAUAAACUGAAACUGAUUUUAACUUCUGAAUCUUGAAUAUUUCACUUGCUUUCAUUCUUUUUAGAACUGUGUCAAUUCGGUUUUAACUGAGCUGUGAACACCCUUAGUAAAAAUAGUAUUAUUGAGCACAUGUAAGUACAGUAUGUUUUUUCAUUAAAAAAAAGUGUCAAUUAGUACAUAACUUAUGGCACAAGUUAUAUUUUUUCAUAACAUAACAACUUUCAAGAAAACAAUAUAUUUUCAUUACAAAUAUUUUCUGAAAAGUUAUGUUAUUCAAAUAAAUUAGUUCAAAUGCAAAGAAUAAUUAUUAUGAUUAUUACGAAAAUAUAAAUAAUAAUUAUAUUUUAAAAAAUUAGGUAUAGAGAUUAAAACUCUUAUUAAACACUAUCAAUUGAACCUAACUUUUAAUUACUAACCUUUAAUUACAAUAUAGAGAUUAUAAUACCCUAAAUUUUGGUUUCUGAGAAAGGAUAAAUAUUUCAAAAGUGAAAUUAGUAUUUGGAACUCUGUGGAGGAAACUGAAGCUGCCAAAGCUCGAGAACUCAAACCGAAACAAAAAAGAAAAAGAGCUCUUACACCCCCAAAAUACCUAAAAAGAAAUGGCUCUGAAAUUCAAUCCCAUCACUUUUCAAUCUCAGAAACUCCCUUCAUUUGCUCUUCCACCAAUGGCCGGCCUUAGGUCUCCCAAGUUUUUCAUGGCCUCUACUCUUCGUUCUGGUUCCGAAGAGGUCGAUCUCAAGAAGCCUUUCAUGCCUCCUAGGGAGGUGCAUGUUCAGGUCACGCACUCGAUGCCACCUCAGAAGAUUGAGAUCUUCAAAUCUUUGGAGGACUGGGCUGAGAACAACAUUCUAACUUACCUCAAACCGGUUGAGAAAUGUUGGCAACCCCAAGAUUUUCUUCCAGAUUCUGCGUCUGAUGGAUUUCACGAGCAAGUCAAAGAACUUAGGGAAAGGGCAAAGGAGAUUCCAGAUGAUUACUUUGUUGUUUUGGUUGGCGACAUGAUCACGGAGGAAGCUCUUCCAACUUACCAAACAAUGCUUAAUACCUUAGAUGGAGUUCGUGAUGAAACAGGUGCUAGCCUUACUCCUUGGGCAAUUUGGACAGGGGCUUGGACUGCUGAAGAAAACAGGCAUGGUGAUCUACUUAAUAAGUAUCUCUACUUGUCCGGAAGGGUCGACAUGAGGCAAAUUGAGAAGACAAUCCGGUAUUUGAUUGGAUCAGGAAUGGAUCCACGUACCGAGAAUAAUCCUUAUCUGGGAUUCAUCUACGCAUCAUUCCAAGAAAGGGCAACUUUCAUCUCCCAUGGGAAUACUGCCCGGCUCGCAAAGGAGCAUGGUGACAUCAAGUUGGCUCAGAUAUGUGGUAACAUUGCCUCUGAUGAAAAGCGCCACGAGACUGCAUAUACUAAAAUCGUUGAAAAGCUCUUUGAGAUCGAUCCCUACGGAACAGUCCUGGCUUUUGCUGACAUGAUGAGGAAGAAAAUCUCCAUGCCAGCACACUUGAUGUAUGAUGGCCAAGAUGACAAUCUUUUUGAUAAUUUCUCAGCUGUUGCACAGAGACUUGGGGUUUACACUGCCAGAGACUAUGCUGAUAUACUAGAGUUCCUGGUGAACAAAUGGAAGGUGACGGAGUUAACUGGACUUUCAGCCGAUGGGCGUAAAGCUCAGGAUUAUGUGUGCGGACUUCCGCCAAGAAUUCGAAGGCUGGAAGAGAGAGCUCAAGGAAGGGCCAAGGAAGCACCCAGGGUUCCAUUCAGCUGGAUAUUUGAUAGAGAAGUCCAGCUCUAAGGCUUUUUUAAGUUUUCUGAAGAUGAAAAAUGGUGAUUUCAGUUUCCUGCAACCGAGGUAGAAGUUUUCAACAUGCAAUUUCUCUUUUUAAAUUCCCCCAUGUAAUGUUGCUUGCACAAGUUUCAGUCAGUCAGAUUCAAGUUAAAAGUUUUAAACUGGAUAAAAAAUGUUUAUAAUCCGUUAGUACCCAAACCAAAAUGGCUAUGAACUAGAUCAAAAUCAAUUGAUUUCCGAUCAGUUAUAUACAGACUUAUGCUUCCAUGAA